AUGACUUCUUUUCAAAAGACAUUUCGCAAAAGUGGAAGUCGUAUGUAUUUUUUUUGUUCUCCCUUUGAAUGUCCUCGCAAAGAAUUCGAAAGACAACAGUAAAUUUGCGAUGUUCUGUUUUCGACCUUGUGCAACAGUAUAGAAAUAGGCGUCAAUUUUAGAAAAAUGCCUGCCGUUCUACCCUAAGAUCUACUAUAUACUUGUAGAGUUCCUUCUAAAAUUAAAUUUUGCAUGGUAUUUUUUAGACAUAUGAGCAUCAAAGAAUGAUGCUAUUGAACAUUAACUCUUGCAAUAAACUCAUCUUUAGAUCAUGCAGAAUUUCACUCUUUGCAAGGAGUCGAGGUCAAAAUUGGAGAGAAGUUCAGACCACCGAAAAAGGUAAAUAGGGUUGCUGUUACCUCUCGAUAUGUUUCCUUUUUCUUACGUCAGCCUUUAAGGCUGGUAAUCGUGUAAGCAAACUAUUAACAUUACAUGAUUUGAAAUGGUUUGAACCCGUGAUUAUCAGCAGAUCAUUCAAGUACAUUUCGAUCGUCCUGAAUGGUAGGUUUAGUUAUCCUAAAUAAAACGCAGCAAUUGCAGACGAAAUUUUAAUAUAUGUUUCUUCGUUUGAGUUAUGAUUUAGCAUUAGAAAAUUUUUUCCAUGUUUAGCCUCAUUUAAAGACAAAGGUGGUCCGCAGGAGUUAUGCGAACCUGAGAUGCAGUUGAAGAUUUGCAUUACUUUUGAGGAUUCUUUCAAUCCCCUGGGGCUUCAUCUUUAUGGAAAAAUUCUUUAUUAAAUAUCUCUCAAAAAGUUGUGUAAAUCUAAAAUGGCACAAUGGUAUGUGCACACAUCAUCCAGAUGCUCUAAUCAACUGGUGAAAGUAUGUGAAGUAUCUCAGUUGAUUUAUAAUGUGUGGUUUAACUUCAGGUAACAUUACCUGUUGGAUGGCAGCAAAGAGAUCCCUCAGCUGUCCUAAGCUUAACAGUAAGUGGUUAAGAUACAUAAAGAAGUUUUGCUGAUGUUAUGUGUUUGAAUAUAUCCAACAAUUGAAACCUACGUACAGUUACAAACAAAUUCUUUGGUGAACUGCAGUGGAAUGACCUGUGUAUUCAUAGAGCAUGUGUUGGAAACCUGAAGGUGUACACAAACUAUGUUUUUGUGCAGGGAAAAGAGGAGAGGUUAAACUCAUACAUAAACAUUAACUAAAAGAAGAGUUUUCUGUAUUGUAUCUCUUUGGCUUCUGCUUGAUACAUAUUUUUCUUUGCUUUUUUUUUUUCUUUUAGUAUGACUUCAGUCUUGAAAAAGAUGUCAUUUCUAAAGCAGAUGCCUUAAAGGCCUCUACAAAAACAGAGGUGCAAUCCUCACCUGAAGCUCAUCUGGAAAGUUCUUCUUCAGAUACUCCUCCUGGUCAAAAUGUAGUGUUUUCAAAUUUUGGAAGUGAAAUUCUUCAACCUGUGGUUGCUCCUGGAUUAGGACAUAAAAAAAGUGAUAGCUUUGGGGGAAAAGGAAAAAAUUCAUUUGACUUGGCAGAUUUUGAGGGUGACACAUCAACACCAUUUGAACUUGUGGAAUUGCAAACAAUAAAUGAUAUGGAUGAACUAAAAAAUGUUCUUCAACCUGACAUGAUAAGGCCAGCUACCUCUUUGGAAAAUCCAUCUAGCUCUCAUGCUGAUAAUAAACUAAAUACCUCUACAAGUACUUCAGCUACUACUGUCAGUGUUUCUCCUUCUCAUAACUCACUAAUUGAUAUUACGGGAACAAAUUCCUUUAAUAAACCUUCACCUGUCACUAAACUUUCAGAUGCAAUAACCUCAACCAAUGUCAACGGAGCAGGUGCAUUGCUAGUUGACUUCGGAGAUUCAAAGACGUCUUCAAGUACUCAUCAAGUUUCGGCUGUAAAUAGUGACUCAGUCACCACUACUUCUUCUUGUAACACAAGACUUUUUCCUGAGAACAGGCCAAUCUCCAGGGGGGCAGUGUUACCCCCAAUUGGGCACAGUUUUUCCUCAGCAGGUUCUCAACAACUGCAAGGACAAACCCAUUCUCAAAUUUCAACACAUGCUAAUGAGAGUAGAGAUUCAUUCCAGGGUGGAAUUUAUAGUUUUCCAAAAACUCCUCCAUUGCAAGAGCAACAAGCAAUUGCAAUAGGUCAAGAUGCUAGAACACAAUUCAGACAGAACAGCCCUCCCUCAACUGUUUCUAGUUUAAGGGAACCGGAGUGGAAAGUCCCAGAAUCCCCUGAACUUCAAGUGAGUAACCUUAAUAAUUUGGUUUUGUCGACUGAGUAGAUAAUAAAAAGUUGCCACUGUUAAGAGUUUCUAAAGCAGAAAUUUCAAGCAUCAGCCCUACAUUAGAGUGAAAUAUUCACCAUUUCCUCCUACAUGGGAAUAAAGCUUGAAAAAUCAGCUGUAGAAACUCUGUACAUUGGCCAAGUUACAUUUAUCAACUCAGUUGAUAAAAACAAAUUUUCUUGUCAUACCUCCCUUCAAUGUAUCACCAGAGUUUCUUUAGAGACUUACCCCUUUAAUCAUUUGAAAAAAUAACAUUCUUAAUAAAGUUACUCUUAUUAGCAGGUUCAUUGAAUAAACAGCAAUCAGCGUCACUUCCCCAUUGUUUAUCAUCAAGCCCCUUGUAGGCUUACCAUACACUCAUCAAAAUGAGUCCUUGAAAUAUAGGCUUGCCACACAAAUUGGAGAGUUUAUUCAUCAUACUGUUAGCUGUAGCUACUCUCAAGGAAUUGCAUGGUUACUCUAAUAGUCCAACAUGAAUACAUCCAAGUUCUUGAACUGAAAGGACCUAAGGAUAAAGACAUAGAUCUUAACUAAACUCAUAAAGCUCUCAGAAGAAAGGCCUGUGAGAGGAAGGGAGGCUGUAGGCUCACAAAGCAACCUUAAACAGCCUUGUACUACCAUAAAGAAUAACAGUUGAUUUUAUUAGACAUGUUUCCUUUGAGGAUGGAAGGUGCACAUUGCAUAUAUACAACCUGUGCAAUGUAGAUACAUGCAGUACUUUUUAGACUUUCCUCACAGAGGCUUUUCAAAGACAAUAAAACAAAUUAUUCCCACUCACUAGAUAUAAGGAGAUAUUGUCAGUUCCAUGUUUAAGGCUAAGACCUUUAGCUUAAAGUUGUUUUACUUCUUUUAAUGGAAAAUGUUUCCCAAGAAGUGAUGGGAAACACAAUUUUGUACUUGAACAUUUUAGCAUGAAUUUGUAACUCAGAGAAAUUGCAAAAAUUGUUGAUUACUCUGGAUACCAGAUGUAGAUUUUGUUUUGGUUAUUGCCAGUCAUCAACUUAAAUACAAACUGUUGUUUUACAAUUCAUUUGUUAUCUUUUACAUUAUCUGCACACGUGGCUGUUGUAUAAGGCUCUUUCAAUUUGUAAUAAUUCCAAAACAUCACAAGCAGACAUUGAUUUUUUUGAUACAUUCAAUAACCUUCAGUAUCUCACAUGAAGUGUAAUUUUUUUUGUAUAGAAUCCUGGAGUGUGUGGGCGUUAUCCUUCUCCAUUGCCUCCAAUUGGAAAGCUAGAUCAAGGGCAAAGGAUUGGUAAAGUUUGUGAAGAUAGGUCCUCUUUACCAGAUCCAUGGCCUGUUUUAGAAGAGUCAGAGAAAGCAUUUGUCAAAAAUAUUGCAAGCAUGGGUUUCCCUCAGGCACGUGUUAGUAGGGCUGUGCAGAGACUGGGGAUGAAAGACGGUGAGGUAAUGUGUUCAAGCACCUUUUCCUUGGCCAUGGUGUGCCUCUGUUUUUCACCAUGUAUACCAGGCUAGGAGAGUAGUUACUUUGAUAACAAUUGAAGGGGCCAGGAUGCCAAGAGAAUUUAAUCCUGUGUCACCAAGAGCAUUUGAACCUGCACAGCAGGGAGGGUUUUAAGUUAAAAUAUGUGCACAUAGUUUUUCAUAGUUUUCUAUGUUUGUCUUAAAGUUGUAGGAAUGACUUCUUCUUUUUGAGAUUUGCCCAGACAAAGAGAAAGACCAGAACAUGGAUAGAGGCGUUAUUUAAAUUAUAAAGUUUUAACUUUCACCUCUGUCAUUAAGAAGUAUCUUGAACUUAUGAAAUUGAAAAACAUGGUAAAAAUUUGAUUAUGCACAUGUAUGCUGGCAUUGAGAGUCUCACUUAGCAACCAGUUUACUUAGCAAGGCAGUUUACCAGGAGGUGAUAAGCUCCACAUCUCUUUUAUCCAUCUCUUGAUGAUCACUUCAAACUUUGUGGAGCUACACAAAAAGGACUAGCUAGGGUUCUGAGUUGUUUUCAAAAUGGCCGGGUCAAUAUUCAAAUUUGAUACAUUUGAGUUUUUUUUUUAUUAUUAUUAUUAUUAUUGGCUAGGUUAUUCUUUGUAAUCUUUAAGUGUGGUAAGAAGUAAACUUUUAUAAUUGCACUUUUAUGGCGGGAAAAAUCAUAUACUUUCUGUAAUAAACUCUCCAUAUUUCUCCUUUUUAACCAUGAAUCACAUGGGCACAAUUAGCACUUAUUAUAUUGUAAUUGAAAGGAUAAAAAUAAAAGUUCCAGGUUCCAAACAAAUUGCCAAAAAUGCUAAUUACUGGUGAAGUAGAGUGUAUGUUAAUCCAAAACUGGGGAUGAAUUGUCAGUUUUAACAUUCCACUGUUGAAUUUACAGGUCAUGGAAUUCCUAUUGGCUGUAAAUGAUUUGAUUGAAAAGAAAUAUCCUCCAGACACUGUUGAAGUUGCCCUCAUAUAUAAUAACAAUGAGAAAGCCAAGGUACUCAAAGUGUACAGUUUGCACUCUGUCUUUUACUGGUAUUACAGGUGAACAAAGGUUUUGUGUGAAUAGCUUAUACCAGCUGAGGAAGGAUUAGUUUUCAACUUAUACAUAAACCACCUUGAGUGUUGGUCAGAAUUUUGCCUUGUGCUGAUGUACAAGUCAAGCCCUGUUUAAGAUGACAGGUUGAUUUUCAAUCAAAAAAUACAUGCCAGCUUUUGUCUGAGUUGAAUGUGUGAGAUUCUCCUCAGAUUGCUAGAAAUGUUUAACCCUUUAACUCCCAAGAUUUCAUUAAUAAUUCUCUUUACUGUCUGCCAUUUAAUUCGUGUGAUGUUAGUUUGGAGAAUUUGAAAUUGGAUCAACCAAUAAUCCCCUAAUUAACAUUUUUCUUUAUUUUCAUUACUUGUCUGGUUGAUAUUGUACUAAUGUAUGAGAAGAAAUUUUGUCUAUGUCACUAGUGGGACUUAAAGAGUUAAGAGAACUUGAUCAUAUCUGAAAAUGUUCCAAGAAUGUUCCAAAUAUUUCAAACAUGUUCUGACUACAUACCAUAGUUGUCUUUGGGAGUUAAUAAAAACAGUCUCCAAUGACCUUCCUUUCAUUACCAAAGGUUUAAGCAUAUGAAUAGUAAUUUGCAUAGACUAAUCUUCUCUGGUCUAAUUCAUAUAUAGACACUGGUUACACUACACAUUUUAAGCAGUUUUUGAAUUAGGGCUGUGGUAGCUUGAGUUUUUCUACUAAGGGAGUGAAAAUAGCUGUCAGGUAUGAACUUGCAGAAGACAAAGGUUUUGUUUUGCAAGUGUAAGAAUCACGCAAAAGUUUUGUGGGCUGGUGGUAUACCAACACAUGUUUUAACUCAUGUACAUUGUACAUGUGGUCUCCAGUUAUGGGCACAUGUAGAGAAAGAGGUUCAAUCAUGAAAAAUACACCCUUUGCUGAGGGUUGAAAAGGCUUUAAGUCCUCUCCUCCUUUUAUUCAUGUGCAUGGGGCAGAAGAUUGGAUUCACAUAUUUUUUCAGGAGAUUAAGACCUUGAGGUUAAAAAUUAUAGACAAAACAUUCUUUCUUAGAUUUUGUUAAUCAUGUGUUCAUAUAACUACUUACUUGGCAACAAACUCUUUUAUGCUUGCAGGCAGCUGAAUUUCUUGAACUGGUGAAGAAAUAUAAAGACUUUGGCUUUAAGGAAGAUAACAUACUGAACUGCCUGCAAGCUGCUAAUAAUGAUGAAGAAAAAGCUUUGGAAUAUCUUUGUAGUCUUGGGUCCACAUAACAGGAAACAAUUUCACUGAAAGUCAAGUUUGAUGUAAGAUAUGAGUCAAUUAUUAGUUUUAUUUAAAGUUUAAUGCAGUGUUGACUGUUGUGUUCAGUUUUGUACAGUAUAAUCUCAAUACAUAUAGUUAUUCACUUUAUGUCUGAUUUCGCAAUAAUUAUGAAAGCAAAGGACAAAAGCUGUGGCCCAAUUCUUUAAAAGGAAGAUAAUGCUGUCCAACAGAUAACUUGCUUUCCCGCUGGAAAGUGUCAACAAAAGCUUCUGUGCUAUCCACUGGAUAGGGAUUUACCCAGUGGAUAGAGUUAUCCACCCUUCAAACAACCAAGCCCUGAUUGCUUUGUUGGUUCUCAUUUGGCCAAUGGUUAGCUUAUAAUUGGCUGAUGGCUGACUGUCACUCAACUGAAGAAUUGUUGCAGUGUCCAGCCAUGGUCUUGGCUAAGUCAAAAACCCAACUGUUAGUUGGUUGACUAUUGCUUGACUGAUUAAUGACAAAUUAGCAAAUCAUGUGUUGAUUCAGGAAGCCUGUAAUACACAUUAUCACUAGCCUGUCCAUCUGUCAGGUGAUUGAUAAACAUUCAAAUACAAUAUUAUUGUAUAUUUUCUCCUAGUUGAAGGCAAUAGUAACAUAUGAGGUUUUUUUCCUUUAAGGUUCCCUUGCAGGAGUGGUCAACAGACUAUAGCUGAGGAGGAACACCCCUGCAAUAGCUAAAUUCUUUAAGAACUAACUCUUAAUACUGAAAAUUUAAGAUAACGUUCCAGUGGUGGAUGUAGAACAUGAAAUGGAAUGAUCUAUGUACAGGAUGAUUGCUUAUCAUCCUUGCAAUACUAAUUUGCUGUUUACCUUCUUGACUGGGAAACACCAUGUGCACUGUGUUUGUUGAUGAUCUUCUAGCAAAUGAUGAUAAUUGGAGAGAUAUUAUAGUGAAUGAGUUUGUCAAGUCAUUCACAGGUACCACCACCAAUGACCCUGUUGUCUCUUGGAAUUAGUGACGUAUGCCAGAUCAAUCAAAUUUAUGCGAAUCUUUCAAAAGUGGAUCGUUGUAGCGGUGAAAUAUGGAAAUGCUGUUGGUUGUGAUUGUCAGGCAUGUUGUCAGGCAUUAAAGUUGGUUUUGAUCUAAUCGUAGAAUCGUGCCUUUUUGGUCAAUGUCGAAACAUAGAUUGGAAUGAAACUGCAUUCUAACUAUCUUCGAAUUAAACAGUUGACAACUAUUUAAUCAUUGAUUUGUGUGAACAGUGUCAAGAUGGCCUAUAGCUAACGAUAGAAAAAUAUUAAUUUUCUUAACACAGUGCACAUAUGUAGAAAUAUCAAGGUCCACUCAUUUUGUAGAACUGUGAGUUAAGGUAGACUUCGUUUCAUGUAAACAGUCCUGAAGUAUUGUUGCUUAUGUCAAUUUGAUUCCAGCCUAAAAGCUGUUUGGAAAUUUUUGACAUGUUUGUGGGUUGGUUUGAGCUACUAAAUUUUAUAUUAACCAAUGGGACACAUCACCAGGAUUGUUUAUAAUUUUUUUCUGUAAUGGCUCACAACAACAAGUACCAAUAAUCUGGUGACAGUUUUUAUAAGUGCCUGUGUUAUUUAUUGCUUACGAAGACGCUUAUUGUGAACAGGAAAGCAAAGCAAGUAUGAGCGUUGCAGGUUGGGGACUGCUCCCCAUCCAUUCACACUAAUUGCAGCUUUUACUUAAAUUCUCUCUCUUACGUUAAGUUUUGUAUGUUAAAAGAUCGAGAAGAAUAUAUAAGUAAAUAAUAACUAAUAACCUAAUUAUACAAUUACAGUGGUUUUAUUUUUUCCUAGUGUAGAUGAUUCACUUUUUAUUUACAAAUAAUGAACAAUGCAAAGGGUGUAGUCGUAAAAC